UAGAGUAGAACUGGCCGUCAAACUCAGUCGCCUUUCUAACCGCGGACGGAGCUGUCGUAUAAAAAAAAAAAAAUUUUUUUUAUUUCGAAUCCAUUGUUGUGCUUAAGUUUUUUAUUUAUCUCGAAAACCAGUUUGUUUUGUGAACAAGAUGAGGUCGCUCCUACUGUUUUGUUUGUUCGCCUUUCUCUGCGGCGCGCUGGCGAAGAACAAGAGAGAUGACAAGGUCAAAAUAGCCGUGUACUACGAAUCACUCUGCCCCGACAGCAAGAAUUUCAUCACGACACAGCUGGCCCCCGUCUGGAGGGAGUUGAGGGGCCUUGUAAAAGUUAAGCUUGUACCCUAUGGAAAAAGUACCCACGACAAAGUAAACGGUAAAUGGCAGUUCACCUGUCAUCAUGGACCCGAUGAGUGCUACGGUAACAAGGUCCAAUCGUGUAUCCUAAAAGACCGCAGCCUCCAGGACACAGAGAAGAUGGAGCUGAUUAUCUGCCUGAUGGGUCAAUCGAGACCUGACAAGUCUCUGGACACGUGUCUCGAAGAAGUAAAACGCCAGCCGGAAUCGAGCAAGCUGAAGCAAUGCGCAGAUGGCGAACAAGGCGACAACUUGCUCGCUGCGUACGGAGACAAGUCAGACAGCCUACAGCGCCCGCUGUCCUUCGUACCCACCAUCGUUAUCAAUGAGAAAUUCGACCAAGCUAUCCAAGACGAGGCAUACACAAAUCUGAAGGCGGUCGUGUGCCGCUUGUCGCCCAACAAGUCGUCCAACUGCUAAAUAUGUACAGAAAAUAAGUUUAAUGUUUAUAUAAGUACAUUUUAAUACAUUUCUACGACUUUA